CAUCACAUAGAGUGUCCUAAUUUUUCACUGCUGAGAUGAUGAUGCUUCCUCGGUUCUUCCUGCUUGCAUAUCUGAGAGAACCCGCCCGUUUGUGUGUGUACGGGUUGACAUAUAAAUAAAGUAACGUUUUACCUAAAAUUAUUCUUAUCAAUCCUUUCUUAUUUUUGAUUGAAACAAAUUUAGGUGGGUUGAGAGAGUAUCAUUUCUUUACCACUUAUAGUUGAAAGAAUAUCCUUCUCAGAUCUAAGAAAAAGCAAAUUACAUAUUUUCUGGGAUGGUAUCAGAUAAUCAUUUUCUUAGGAUUCCUAGUCAUGGCUCGAAAUGGAAUCUUGGUGUUACAAAUCAAACAUCAAACAGUGGCCUUAAAAAAAUGAUUAACGCUCUAAAGAUGAACGGUCACGAUUCCCUCAUGGAAUCUUUCUUUCGAGGAGUGGUAAGAGAUGAGGUUGAAAGAAAACUCCAAGAGCUCUUAUUUUCUAGAGAGAAGAUUAAUGAAGGUGGAAGAUCUAGAGCCAGAUCCUUAGAGUUGUGUUUUAUUAAUAAUAAUAAGUUGCCAAUUAUGACUUUUACUAAAACUAAUAUCAUUCCAAAGGAUGAACCUUUUCAAGUUGCACUACUUGAUGUUAGAUCUAAGUCAAUAGUCAACGAGGGUCCUUUGUCUUCAAUGAAGAUAGAGAUUUGUCCCAUCAAGAGUGUGUUUGAAUCUUGUGAUGAUGAAGAUUGGACUGAAAAUGAAUUCAAGGAUAAUAUCUUGCAUGAAAGAAAGAAUAAAGAGCCAUUGUUGGAUGGAGAUAGGUUUGUUACUCUUGAAAAUGGAGUUGGGUCUAUUUCUAAAAUCAUUUUCACUGAUAAUUCUGGAUGGGUAAGAAACAAAAAGUUCAGUUUGGGAGCAAAAGCUAUGGAAAAUGGAGAUAUUAUUAAGGAAGGUAGAAGUCAAGCUUUUAGGGUCAAAGAUGUUAGAGGAGAAUCUUACAAAAAACACUAUCCCCCGUUGUUGAACGAUGAAGUGUGGCGUUUGGAGAAAAUUGCUGAAAACGGAAAAUUCCGCGAACGACUUAAUAUUAACGAAAUUCAUACGGUUAAGGAUCUCUUGAGGUUACUCAUGGUCAAUGGGUCUUCAUUGCAUAAGAAAUUUGGCAAAAUUCAGAAGAAGUGUUGGUUAGCAAUUGUUGAACAUGCCCGAUCGUGUGUGGUAGAUGAUUACAAGCUUUACUGCUAUGAGAUAAUUGGACAACCAAUACUGCUGCUGUUCAAUGUCAUCUAUGAACUUGUCGGUGUGACAUUUGGUGAACAAAAGUUUUAUUUACCGGAUGAUCUCACACUCACUCCGAACCAGAAGAAUUCGGUAGAGAUUGUGAAGCAAGAUGCAUACAAAAACAUUGGAAAUUUAAGAGAAAUUGAUGAGGCUGUAUUGAACUCCAUAAGCUUAGAAGCACGUAUAAAAUCAACACAGGAUCUGCAAGGUUAUGUUGAACCAUUUAUCUCUAGUUCAAAUGUUAAUGAUAGAAUGCAAAAUGUUGAAAUCAAUGUUGAUCCGGUUCCAGACAUAAGAGAAAUACCAGGAAACAAUUAUGAUGUUUCAUUUGGUAAUUUUGAUGAAGCUGAGUGUAGCACUUUGGUUGAUUUACUGAAUUCUGAGAUGGAUAUUACAUCAAACAGUGAGAAACCAAAAGCAGUGUGGUGUAAGAUUCGUGCUGUUGUCAAAUGGAGAAUAUCAGGGAAGAGAAGAGUUGCAGCUGCCAAGAAGAAUGAACAAUUGUCUGUUUAUAAGGUUUAUGAUAUCAGUGCUAUUGUCUAAAGUUUAUGAUGUUGAAUUUCAAUUACAGUGAAGAGACGUGCAAGAUGAUAAGAGUCCUCCUGUCCAUUAUAUUAUAGUGUUAACAUAAGAGUCUGUAAAAUAGUUUUAUACAUACUGUCUAUCAUCAUUCAAAUUUACUAUGUUUAUGUUUAUGUAAUAUUGAACAAACACAUAUCAAUGUGAUAAUAUUUUUUUUAAUUGUUUAAAGUCAUGUGGAGUCUUGUGUAAUUACCACCACACUACAAUUAACAAUAACAUUGAACACUCAUUCUAUUGAAGUAACAAAAGUAAAAGUGUUGGUAAUGUUGUAUACAGGCAUUCUUUGAAUUAGGGAAUAAUCGUGUUAAUGAG